CAACCGAAACCUAUAGUCUUGCCACCGAUUUCGGUACCGUCACCGUUGUCUUCGUUGACACCGACGGUUACCGUUGCGACAAAUGGCGGCGUUCAAAACCACAACAACGUGAACAGCAGCACCGGCAACGUCGUCAUCGUUAACAACAACAACAACAAUAAUAAUAAUAACAAUAACAACGUCAGAAAGGGCGAAUGUCUAUCGUUAUCACCUAAACGUUCGUUGCCGGAUUCCGAUAUCGGUCUACCGAUACCCAAGAGACAACCGAGUUCGCCGAAACAUUUAUGUCACGUGUGCAACAAAAACUUUUCAUCAUCGUCCGCUCUCCAGAUACACAUGAGAACUCAUACGGGCGACAAACCUUUCCGAUGCACAGUUUGUCUGAAAGCGUUUACCACCAAAGGCAAUUUAAAGGUACAUAUGGGAACGCAUAUGUGGACCAACGGAACUUCUAGAAGAGGUCGGAGGAUGUCUCUGGAGCUGCCGCCGCCCUUACAAAUGACCAACAGCGGUGGCGUCAAGGAAACGGACUUUAUGCAGAGAAGGCCUGACAUUUACUAUCAUCCUUUUUUGCCCGGCCCGUUUCUGAACGGCAUACACCAACAAAAGGUACAUGCGAGUAACCGGUCCGCGGCGGCAGCGGCAGAUCUGUACUAUCACGCCUAAAAAAAACGACGACCGACACAGUCCGAGUGGAGAGAGAGAGAGAGAAUCGAAACAACGGGUAGGUGUGUGUAGCGUACGACCGAAAUUACAGACGAGAAGAUUUGGCGAGAUGUGGGAGAGGAAA